GACGACUAAACAACCUACACAGGUAACAACUCAGAUCACAACGGACCAAACAGUUCCGCCGACCACUGAAGAAACGACAGCACAAACAACAGAAAUAACAUCUCUGGUCACAACGAAACAAACAGCUCUACCAACCACCGAAGAGACGACUAAACAGACAACACAGGUAACAACUCAGGUCACUACGGAUCCAACCUCUGUGACUUCCACACUCCAUACUACGACAAAAAGAGGAACUACAACACAUGAAACAACUGUCAGAACCACGCAACAAACUAGCGAGCAAACAACUCCGAUGGUUACAGAACAAACUAAACAUUCUGCCACCGAGAAGACAACACCACAAACAACACAAUCUUCCACUCCGGUGACUACAACACAACCUACACUUCCUACAACCGAGAAGACAACAGAUGAAACAACAAAAUCAACAGCACAGAUGACUACAAUACAAACUACACUUCCUACAACCGAGAGGACAACAGCUGAAACAACAAAAUUAACAACACAGAUGACUACAACACAGACUAUACUUCCUACAACCGAGAAGACAACGGCUGAAACAACAAAAGCAACAACACAGAUGACUACAACACAAACUACACUUCCUACAACCGAGAAGACAACAGCUCAAACAACAAAAUCAACAACACAGAUGACUACAACACAGACUACAUUUCCUACAACCGAGAAGACAACAGCUCAAACAACAAAAUCAACAACCCAGAUGGCUACAACACAAACUACACUUCCUACAACCGAGAAGACAACAGCUCAAACAACAAAAUCAACAACACAGAUGGCCACAACACAAACUCCACUUCCUACAACCGAGAAGACAACAGCUGAAACAACAAAAUCAACAACACAGAUGACUACAACACAGGCUGUACUUCCUACAACCGAGAAGACAACAGCUGAAACAACAAAAGCAACAACACAGAUGACUACAACACAAACUACACUUCCUACCACCGAGUUGACAACAGCUCAAACAACAAAAUUAACAACACAGAUGACUACAACACAGACUACACUUCCUACAGCCGAGAAUACAACAGCCGAAACAACAAAAUCAACAACACAGAUGGCCACAACACAAACUACACUUCCUACAACCGAGAAGACAACAGCUCAAACAACAAAAUCAACAACACAGAUGACUACAACACAGACUACACUUCCUACAACCGAGAAGACAACAGCUCAAACAACAAAAUCAACAACCCAGAUGGCUACAACACAAACUACACUUCCUACAACCGAGAAGACAACAGAUGAAACAACAAUAUCAACAACUCAAAUUGCUACAACACAAACUACACUUCCUACCACCGAGUUGACAACAGAUCAAACAACAAAAUUAACAACUCAGGUGACUACAACGCAAACUACACUUCCCACAACCGAGAAGACAUCAGCUCAAACAACAAAAUCAGCAACACAGAUGACUACAACACAAACUACACUUCCCACCACUGAUAAGACAACAGCUCAAACAACAGAAUCAACAACUCAGAUGACAAAAACAACAAAAGCAAUGACUCAGAUGGCUACAGAACACACUACACAGCCAUUCACCCAUAAGACAACAGUACAAAUACCACAGCAAACGACUGAGAUUACGACAGAACAAAUCACAAAACCAACCACGGAGGAGACCACACUACUGACAACACAGACAACGGCUCAGACGACAACGCAGCAACAACCUAUAAUAUCUACUCAGCAAACUACUAGAGGCUCUACAUCACAGAAAACAACUGCUGUUAGUACAAAAGAGACUACGCAACCAACAACCCAGGGAACAACGAAGGAAACGACACAUCUAUUAACUCUGCUAACUUCAAAACUAAGCACAACAAAGACGACAGAAUCAACAACGUUAAUGACGCUGAAUUCACAGACGUCACCGGUUAGAACCACAUACACAACCACAAUGACACCGACGAUAGUAACGUUUCUGUCUACUCUUUCACAAGCAGGUACUUCUCGUCCAGUGAUUAAAAGAGAGGAGUUUCGGCAGGCUGACACAUUCUGGACAGACCACGGGAUGUUGUUCAGCGCGUCGCCGGUCGGUAGUUUGCGCGGGUAAUGUUCGCCCUUGGUCUUGCACAACCGCAGCGCAAGGGAAUGCCAUCUUUCUUUCUGAGCGCUUGUCUUGUCUGCUAUCAGCACACACCACACUCAUAUCUCUGUCUCUAUCACACCACUAAAUGAGUCAGUGUAGUUCCCUUCGUGUAGACUGUUCUGCAGGUCCAGAGGACAUCGGUGUUGUUUCCCACGUGUAGAUUGU